AUGUCUUCUAAAAGCACCAUGUCAGAUCUCGAAUCAAAGCUUCAAUCGCUUAGAACGACACUGAACGCGGUAUACAGUCACGCUGGUAAUAUGCUUGAAAUAAGAAUGAAACAAGGGCAACGAGUCCAAAAUAGACAGCCGACAACACUUGCGCCGUCAAAGGAAGAUUCUGAACGCUUGCAAAAUUUAAAAACUCAAUUUAAUGAAAUAUGUGAUGAACUAUAUUUGAAUCUGGUAGAUCCUAAACCAUUUUUAUCAAUUGAACGAAGUUAUGAAAAUUUUUGUCUACAUAUAAAUUGA